AUGGCCACCCGCCGCCUCGCUAUCGUCACUGGCUCCAACCAGGGCAUCGGGCUCGAGGCAGUCAAGCAGCUCGCGGCAGCCGGCCUCGACGUCAUCCUCACCUCGCGGUCGGAGGAGAAGGGCCGGGCGGCGGCGGAGGAAGCUUCUGCGGCGGCGUGUUCGGCCGACGCUCCCGGCAGCAUCACCGCGCUGCAGCUGGACAUUACCGACACCUCGUCGGUGGCGGCCUUUACCGCGGCGGUGGAGCAGCUCGGCCGGCCGGUCGACGUGCUGGUCAACAACGCGGGGAUGGCCUACAAGGGCGAUGCCUUUGGCCCCGACGAAGCCGCCGCUACCCUCGCCGUCAACCUGUACGGGACCAAGGCGCUGACCGACGCCGUCCGCCCGCUGCUCGCGCCGGCCUCGGCACGCAUCAUCAACGUCGCCUCGCGAGCCGGUCGCAUCUCGCAGACCUCGGGUGACGUCCGCGCUACCCUCGAGGCCGACGAUCUGACAUGGGACGCCCUCCACGCCCUCGCCCAGGGCUUUGUCACCGCCAUCGCCACCGGCAACCACAAGGAGCUCGGCUACUCGGGCUCCAUGUACGGUAUGUCCAAGGCCUGCGAGAUCGCCUACUCUCGCAUCCUCGCUCGCGAGCUCGACGGCAACGUCACCGUCGUCUGGAUGUGCCCGGGCUACUGCUCCACCUCGAUGUCCUCGUACCGCGGGACAAAGUCGGCAGCCGAAGGCGCAGACACCAUCACCUGGCUUGCCACCGUCGACCCGGCGCCGGCCUCGGCCACUUUCUACGCCGAGCGCACCGCCAUCACCUGGGAUACCAAGUUGUAG